AUGUCACCUACUAAAGGAUGUUUAACAGAUUUAACCAAAGAAGAAAGUCUUGUCUACGGUUUUCGAGCGUAUAUCUCUCCAAUUCUAGUUAUUAUUGGUAUACCAACAAAUUUUCUCGUAGUAAUUGUCUUCGCUGUCCUUGAACAUCGUAGUAAAUGUCGUUUCAAUCUUUAUGCUAUAUGGAUGUCUAUAGCGCAUAAUAUGCAAUUAAUAGUUAAUACACUCAUAGAUGAUUUUCUAGGUCGUGGAUUAAAAUACGCCACCUUAUGUAAACUGUCAAUACAAGUUGAUAUCCAGUCCUCAUUUAUAUGUAAAGUACAAACCUAUUUAACUGAUGCAUCUGCACUGAUUGCUGCCUUCAUCCUAAUGUUAUUCAGUGUCGACCGUGUUUGUUCCAUUUAUAAUCCAAAGUAUUUUGAACAAGGUUCUCACAUAAAACUAACACAUGUAAUUAUUGUCUUGGUUACACUGGUAUCUCUGCUGUUGAAUAUUCCGCAUUUAAUAUUUGCAGAUUUAAAAAUCACACCGAUAAAUAGUAAUCGUGAAUGCCAGUAUAUUAAUCCGUUGGCUGGUGGGGUGAAAUACGUUCUCUACUUAUAUAUUGUUGGUGUAGCUAUCCUCCCCGCCAUAUUCAUAUUCAUUACAAAUAUUCUUAUUCUGUACAAGUUGAGUACUAUUGUCUAUCGAUCGAAGUUGAUCGGGGCUAAAGAUGAAGAGUCAAAGAAUGAAAUGGGUAAAGUGAUAGCUCAUCUGGCUAUCAGUAUUCUGUUCACCUGUCUAUCUAUCCCCUUGGUUGUAACAAUUAUACUCAGACAAGAGGUACACUUUUAUAAAUAUGAUGUAUUAUAUCCAGCUUAUGCUAAAAAAGUUGUCCAAUAUUCAAAGUUAUUUAGUUCUGUGGAUUCAUUCAAUCAUGCAUUCGACUUUUUCUUGUAUCUGGCGUUUAUGCCAACAUUCCGAGAUACUCUAUGGGAGAUACUGACCUGUCGAGUGGUUGGUUGGCGAAAAAGGAGACAACGUGUCAAGUAUAGACAAAGAUUGGAAUAUUUCGAAAAUCAACACCGUCACCAAUACCACCACCAAUGUAACCAUGACAACCAACGACAACUACAGCAGCAGCACCAGCACCAGCAACAACAACAACUACACCAAAUAAAGCCACAACCACAAUCCCAACAGUAUCAACAUCAUCCAUUGGAAUGGACGCCUACUACACUAGUUAACAAUGAUGACACAAUAUCACUUUAUUCAAAUAAAUAUAACAUUUUCUCUGAAAUUAUCUAUGCAAAUAUUAAUGGUAUAAAUUAUAAUAAUACAGAGCCUAUUCCGUAUAUUGAUCAGUAUGUGAAUUAUUCUCCGGAACACUGUGUACUGACACGUUUAUAG